GUGCGGGGGGGACUACUUUUUAAGCCAACUUUGGGAGAGAGAAACUAUAAGAAAUGAUAUAUGACUACAAGAUUACACCGUUUAGUGCUUUAUAUAUUAAUCUUUAAAAGGACACGAUAAAGUGAGUGCAGGUUGAGUGUAUUUUGAGUGUUGAGUGUUGUGUUUUUACUACGUCGCGGAAGGAUCUAAUUUUCUCAAAGAGAGAGAGAGGGGUCGACACAUCCGCCCAGUUUUCCGAUGUUUCAUUCCCCCCCCCCUCCUCCUGAGUUGAAAAUGGAGUUUGAUUAAAGCAGAUGUCCAGCAACUUCUCAAGGAAAACCAUCACCAUCGCUUGCUUUUACUUUCUUUACGCCCUCGGUGUUUGAUAUUGAAAACCCCCUGUUUUGUGUGUGUGGAUGCCUUUACUGGUAAAUGACUCGGACACGUUGACGUUGGAGCAAACCGCCGCGGCUGCUUUUUUUUUUCAAGUGUUGUCCUGGACAACAACUGAAGUUGGAAGCGAAUGGAUGCUCGACAGCCAAACCUGCCAAACCUUACAGCCUUCAACAACAUCUUUUGAGGAUCUAUUAUUAUUUUUUUGUUGGAUCUGUGUGUUUUUUUUUGUUGAAGAGGAUGAUGGCCCAUUUGUUGUGGUCGGAUUUUACUUCCAGGGAGGAUAAAAUGAAUCAACGAUUGUCAUUCCUCCUCCUCUCGAUUUAAACCUUUAGAUCCAGAGGAAGCGAAGCUAAAAGCUAGCUUCAUAUAUACUUACUUUGGGGCUUUUUACCCUCACAACAUCAUCAAGGGGACGCUUAUAAUCUAUAGGCAAUGCCCCCACAUUGCACAUCGGUUACUUACCAUCCGAAAUAAGGGCUUAAUUUGUACAUUGUGAAGGAAAAAUGGUGAUAUUUGUGGUAUUUUAUCCCGCCGUCACUGCGUCGUCGAUGCUAUUGCUAGGAUUUGGAUCCCCGUGAGGAAAAAAAAUGAGUGAAGAUUCAACAAAUCCAAACAACGAUGACAGUUAUGCGCGUGUGAGAGCAGUGGUCAUGACUCGGGAUGACUCCAGUGGUGGGUGGCUUCCCCUGGGGGGCGGAGGCCUUAGCUGUGUCACCGUCUAUAAGGUCGGCCGGGCGGAGGACAGCGGCAGCACCCACAGCGGAGGCAGCGGAGGAAGCAGCAGCAACCUCAGCCCCUGUAGCUCCAGUCCCAGUCCAAGCCCCAGCCCCAGUCCCAGCCCCAUCGCUGUGGAGUUCCACAUCAGGGGCGAGAGGCUCAAAGACAAAUUGGUGGUGCUGGAGUGUGUCCUGCAGAAAGACCUAGUAUACAACAAGGUCAACCCCAUCUUCCACCACUGGAGGAUCAACGACAAGAAGUUCGGACUGACUUUCCAGAGCCCCGCUGACGCCCGCGCCUUUGACCGGGGUGUACGUCGGGCCAUUGAGGACAUCAACCAAGGUUGCCGGCCGUUUGGGGAUGGGGAUAUUCCCGAAGAUGGACUACCGGUGUGUGACGAGCCUCCCUCCAUCUGUACCCCAAUGAAAGAGCCCUUCUCUCCCCUGAACAACGUCGUCUCCACCGAGCCAUUCAGGGGCUGCUACGUCCGCGCCCAACCCUUCGACGAGUUCCCCUCCAGCAACCGCCGCUAUCUGCCUCCACAGGUCUCCUUCAAGACGACUCGUCAUGUCAGCUUUCACAUGGACGAAGAGGAGAUCGUUCGCAUCAACCCACGCAAAGACGUGCUCAUCCGCGGCUAUGAGGACUACCGCCACCCUGUCAUGUGGAAACAGGAGGCCGACCGCGAGGACAUGGACUUCCCCACCGCCUUCCACAAACUGGACAGUAAGAAGUGCGAGUACCUCUUUCCCGACGGCCCUUGUGGGGACUCUCACUCUGGCCCCGGUAUGGGCAUUGGAACAGGUAUGGGGCUGGGUCUGGGCAAGGACACAGCCAUCAAGACUCAGCCCUCGCCCCUGCUCAAGUCCAAGAAGGGCCGUCGGCGGCGAGAGGACGGCGAGCGCUCGCGCUGCAUCUACUGUCGGGAGAUGUUCAACCACGAGGACAACUGGCGGGGGCAGUGCCAAGACGCCCCCGACCCGAUCAAGCAGUGCAUCUACAAAGUCAGCUGCAUGCUGUGCGCCGAGAGCAUGCUGUACCACUGCAUGUCCGACUCCGAGGGCGACUUCUCGGACCCCUGCUCGUGUGACACGUCCGACGAGCAGUUCUGCCUGCGCUGGCUGGCCCUGGUGGCGUUGUCAUUCAUCGCGCCCUGCAUGUGCUGCUACCUGCCUCUGCGCGCCUGCCACCACUGUGGCGAGGCCUGCCGCUGCUGCGGGGGCAAGCACAAGGCCGCGGGGUGACCCGACGACGGACUCUGGGACACCCUCAAAGCUAGCUAACACAGGAAGUGGAUAAAAGCGGAAAAUUAAAAAGCCGGCAUCCUUUUUUCAUUCCCCUCUCAGACGGGGUGAUAUGUUGUUGAUCCCCAGCUCUGAGGGCUUUUGGAGAUUUCAGUUUGUGUUUGUCGCCGACAAGCAGCGGUGGAGGACAAACCAUAUGCUUUGUGGGAGCUCUGAGCAUCAAGCUAAGUUCAGGAGCUUAAUCUGAGGAGGAGAGGAGGAGGCAGCGUCAAGAUUAAUAGACUUGGAGAUGUUACUAAACACACCUGUACACACAAACACACACACACACCCAUACACACCUCUCUCUCACAUUCACACUCAUGCAUUGACGAAGCCAGGCCACAAACUCUACUACAAGAAAUGUGUAACAUUAUGAAGGAAAAUUGUCUUUUGUACAGAGAGCGACAACUUAAUGACAAAAAAAAGAAAACAAAACUAUUCUGCGUUCAGAAAAACUACUUGCUGUUUGCUAAAAGGGAUAUGUUCUUGCUUUUUUGUGAAUUUACAGUUGGGUAACAGUGGCCUUUCCUUCAUGGCUUAAGCAUUUGCUGACAAUGUAAUUACUAGACAGAGAAAAGUGCACUAGAAAUGGUACCCCCCCCCCAACCCAGAGUAAAGGUAACCCUCUCAAAUUCUUGUGGUACAUUAACCACCAGAUGUAGUGUAAUUUUAACAUUUGAGAGCUGUUGCUGUGGUGGAUGUUUGGCCAAUUCCUUGUUUUCCUUUUCAUUGAAUGUUGAAAAAAAUCAAAAAGGUAACAGCUUGUUUUUUUUGAAGGUGCAGAUUUUGACAUUCAUUAAGAAGACGUUAAAGCGAUUACCUUGCUUUCCCGAGGUGAUUCAGACCAUUUGAUUGCAUUCCAAAAUAAAGGGAUCGAUUCCAUGAUUAGAAGGGAAAAAAAUGGUAACGACUUUACCAUGCCGAGUUCCCCAAAAUAGUCUUUUUUUCCACGUCAUGAAAAUAGCAUUAGAACCUCUUGAACCAUUUAAAUUGAAACCGACACAUGACAAUUUCAUUUACUCCAGUGGAUCUCAGUUUUAGUCCAGUUAUUUACUGCUGUAGUGAAAUUGGUGUUUUUGUUUCUUAUUUGUUAUUUUUCCUGCUCAUUUUUUAUAAUUAUUUUUUUGAAACAAAAGCUGAAAUGUUGCUCAACCAGCAAGUUUUGUUUCGGUGAGUAAAAAAGGGGUUUCAGUGCUCCUUGGGUUAAAUGAUGAGGCACUUAAAUUAGGUUAUUCUUUUAUUGAGAAUCCCUCCGAUUUUAAAAUUUGUCUGUACAUACAUUUGAAACAUUCAAUUUUGGCGUGGGGGAAAAACCCUCCUGAAAGCACUGCUCUCCAAGCUUUGGUUGCAGCACCCUCUCCAAAUUUCCAUGUUUGUCCCAUGAAUCAGUUUCUUUUUGUUUUCUUUUAUUUUCCUGUGUAAAUGUAGUAUUUCUUUGUUCCUCAAAAGUCCACUCCUUCUUCCGUAUGUCUUCAUUUAACAGGCCCUGAAUGAAUGAAUGCAUUGUUUCAGGAAUGCUGAGUAUCUUAGCUAUUAAAAAAAAAACAUAAAGGUGUUAUGUAUGUGUAUGUGUGUGUGUGUGUGCAUAGGUCUUCAUAUGCACUGCUGAUUCGGUGUCAUGUAACGUCACCACUGACUACUUGAUUAAGGCUUUGACUUUGCCCUGUUUCCCGAAGCGUCUUUGUCUAUUGAACAAAAAGAGACUGUUAAAGGAAUAGUUCGACAUUUUGGGAAAUUCACGUAUUUGUUUUCCUUCCGAAGGUUGGAUGAGAAGAUUGAUUUUACUGUUGUAUCUGUGUGUUGUUAAGCUGGAGUUAGCAGCUCGUAAAUGGGGCUAGCCUGGCUCUGUCCAAAUGUAACAAAAUCCUCCUCCCACCACCGCUAAAGCUCACUAAUUAACACAUAUUACAAGUGUAAAAAUGAUAGUUUGUUGUUUUACUUGGUUGUCAAGUGUGGGACUAUUUCUCGGAUGGGCACAGGGACUUCCUGGAGUCCCGUUGUCACCAUGAGGUUGCCAUGCAAAAACUCUCGGAAGUUACCGUGCCUGAAGAAGAAAUAGUCCCACACAUAACCCCCCGUAGAACCGCAUCUUGUCAUUGUUACACUUUGUUUUUUUAGAUUAAACAAUAUAUAAAAUGUGUUAGUUAGUGAGCUUUAGCGGUGGUGGUGGUAGGAGGACUUUGUUAUCUUUGGACAGAGCCAGGCUAGCUUGCUUCCAGUCUUUAUGCUAAGCUAAGCUAAGCUAAGCUAAGCAGCUGCUGGCUCUGUAUUCAUAUUUAACAGCGUGGUAUCAAUCCUCUCAUCUAACUCUCAACAAGAGAGUAAAUAAGCAUAAUUCCCCAAAGGUCAAACUCCUUUAAAAGAUCCUUUGGGAAACAGGGAGUCUAGUUUGUGUUUGAUUUCCCACCCAAAAGAGUAGAACACUUUAAAUUAUCUUGCUCACAAGACCAUUGUUGAUUCAAAACUAGUCUGAACAACAACAAAUUCCCAUCAGUUUUGGACGUCUGGCUGCAAUAACUGAUGAAGUUAUCCCCAAACUAAUGUUUGAAAUUAGUGCUAAUUGUGAUUCGCCUCAGUAUUUAACAGCAGAUUUGAUACAACAUCCCAUGUGCUGUUGCUAACAGAUAUGCAUCUCCUCUCACCUCCCGUCACUCCUAGUUAAAAAAAUAACGUAGUGGCGCCUCGGUCCUCGACGAGAUUUAUUUUCCUAAUUCCACCCCCCCGACCGACGCUCCCUUUACUUUCUAUGCAAACUUUCUAACGUGGGAAAACACAUUGACCUCUCUGCAGACUGAGUCAGUGACGGGACACGACACUUUAACGCUACAUAGGUAGACGACCAACCCCUGGUACCAAACUCCAAAACAAACCUGUAAAUACUUAACACUAUAUUUAAGUUCUGAUAAUAAUAAUCCCAGCUUUUUCUUUUUGUCUUUGAAAUUUUUAAAGAUAGAGCUGUAUUUAUCGUUGCUGUCAGCAUAUACUGUAGCUUCAAUUGACAGCAUUAUGUACAUAGGUCACCUUUUAGUAUUAUUUCACAUUGAAAAGUAGAGGAUGGAAAUGACUAUUGAGCUUCUAAUAGAGUUUCUCUCUAGUUUUGUACGGUAGAAGGAAGGAUAGUGCUAACACGGUACAGUAGUGGCAGUCCACUUGUUUCAAAAGUUUGAUAUAUAAAUAUAUAUAUACAUACAUGCAUAUAAAGCUGCUAGAUACAAUCACUAAUUUUAUUGUGUUGACAGAGAAAAAUCAGCUAUGAACGACUGUUAAACCCUAAUUCUCCAACAGCAUAUAACCAUGACAGUGAGUUUUUAAAUGUUUGAUUGCUCUGUGUGAUGUGCAUGUGUGUGGGUGCGCGAAUGUUACUAUAUACGUGCGUUCAUGUGUGCCCACGACUGUGUGUGUGUGUGUGUGUGUGUGUGUGUGUGUUAGUUUGCUGGCCGUGUGCGUGCGGGGAUGGUGUGUAACCAAAUGUUUGGUUGGUUGUCAUAUUCUCCCAUUGUAAUUGGAUAUGCCCUGCGUUAUUGCAAGCUGAACCAAGGUUUGAUGAACCUGAUUAAAACUUGCUGGCUGAGAAGCAAAAAUGUAGGACGUGCAUUUAUACAAAGUGUAGAGAAUGCUGAAAUAACACUUCUCAUUCUGCAUUAACCAGCACAGUGCAACUUCCUGUCAUGUACUGUAUUAUAUAUGCAACAUGUGUCUGUCUGCUUUAAUAUAUAUAUUUUUUUGACCUGCAUUAUAUAAGACUUCAGUUUUAACCACUUUGCUGCUAGUCUUUUAUCCUCUUUCAAUCUUGGAAAAGUGUGCAUAUCUUUGGGGAAUGCAUAUACAAGUGUACAUUCUUGACAUUGUGUAGAUUAAACAAAAAGAAAAAAAGCUAUAUAAACCUGUUUCUCUUCAGUGUAUUGUUUUAAAAACGGUUACUUUUCACAGCAGUUGAGUGGUUAUGUUUCAAUUCUCCGAUGCUUUGGUGCACUGAUGAUACUAUAUGUAAGCUUUUUUUCAUCUUACAGCGCUUGAUGUAACAUUUAUGUGAUUAGUUCUAAAUAGUGGAAGACAUUUGUGUUUUGAAACUUGCAGUAUAAAUGGUACUACUCUUAACUAUUCUGUAAACACUGCCUGUUUUCUUUCCUUUUUCUUUCACUCUCUCUUUGUAUAUAUUUCUUUCCUGUGCAUCUAUUUUUUCCCCCCUUGAAGUUUCUUAGUGCCAUCGGCUUUCACAUCCUGACAACCUCAAAAAAGUGCCUCACGUCCAUCCUAGUUUCCAUUUUAUAAUUUAACAUCUCUCGUUCUGGUUCUGUUGGUUUCAUUCAAUACGUCUAGGUAUUUCUUCUCAUGGUUCGAGAAUACCAAGUAUAUGAUUUAUAGUCCCAAUAACUCAUGUCAUAGUUGUAUUUUCUUUAUACAGAUGUAGCUCGUUACUUUUCAUAAAUAUAUAAUGUAAAUAUGCAUACAUAUGUUUGUAACUGUUUUUAUGUUACAUCAUACACUUGUAAUUUGACAUAUCAAAUAACAUUAUCAUAAUAAAAUGGUGAGUUUUAAUCUUU